UAUUUGCACUUAUGCUCAAUAUAAAUGCAAAGUCAUUUGUUCCACCGGGAGCAAGCUCUGUUGACCCUAAUUUCGGGAUUGACGCAGGCCUUUAUCAAUAUCGCAUUGAUGCUCCGGUACUAAAGAUAGCAGAUUUAUCCACAUGUGCCAAGACUCGAAACCACGUUUCUGUUUUGCUGUUUUCAAAAAAAUUGUUUGCUAUUCGUGGAAAAUUUGAUGAGGAAGGAUUAUUUUAUUUUCUAGCAACGAACUUGAUGACCGCAACCAAUAUUCCAUCCCUAGAUGGGAACCGGAAGAAAAGCUCAGGAUUCUUAUUGUCGCGGCGUAUUCUCGCUCUUCACGCAGAUAUGAAUAAUAUUAAUGCUCUAAAUGAUGCCCAUGGUUUCUUGAUCCGGCUUGACAUACCGAGAUAUUUCGGCUUCGAUGCAUCAACUCAAAUCAAUAGCAUGUGGACUUCCUUUUUUAGUAAAAUUUCUAGUGAUCCUAACUUCAUUUCGAUGGGCUAUAUCAGAUCAUUGGUUGGUUUAAACGAGACUCAGAUAGGUGGAACUUAUCGCCAUUAUUUUUUUGUUGCCUGUUCGUCUUUAGAUCUGGCCCUAAAAUUUCCCGAGGUACUACUCAAUGGUUCUAGGCUUAGACCUUUACGAGUCCUCCCUAUUGCGUCAAUUGUUCCUUUUUUAUGUGGAUCCAAAAUUCCUCUUGGUAUCCUGAUUACAGUAGGUGAUGACGCCAAAAAAAAAUAUCUUGAAGAUGCUGUAUCAGAUUUUUCUUUAGAAAUUGAUUACUUUAUGGACGAUCCUAUGCGCACGCGUGAAAGCCUCGAAGCCUUCGAGAAAUUAUAUUCCUCUAUCUUAAAUGGAGAUUGCAGAUGGGAAAGGACUUACUUGGCUCAUCUUCACAUAAAAACUAUUGUUACACAAAAUGAAGAUAUUUUCCAAAUUUGCGAUGUAUUACGCUAUAUUGGAAAUCUUUGUGAUGACACUGCAACUAGUAUUAUGGGCGUUUCAUUUAGCAACCCUGACGUAGUUCCUGGAUGUCAUGAACUCCUCACGUUAAAUAAAAAAUCACCAUUUUACCAAAAUGUGUCUUUUAAUGAAAUUAUGCGAAAAAACUACGCUUUUGAUACAGCAAACACAAUUUAUGCACCGGUUCCGCAGUGUAUUUGUAUGCCACUGUGCAGUUCAACAUUCAGGGUGGCUGUACAUGCCAUCCACACUUUCCGCCUUAAAGGUUUGUCGAAAUUACUCGAGGAGAAAUUGCUUACUCGUAUGACGGUACCAGACGCGGCCGAGCAAUUUGCAAACUGUCUUUUUUUCGCUAGACGUAAAUCAAUUGGUACUCCAGUUUUACUAGGUAUCGAUAAUGAUGGAAAUGUUUAUUGUGUUGAUCUUUAUGGGUUUAGUAUUUUCGGCUUACCGAAUGUGUUGCCAGAAGCUCGGGAGCAGCUAACGGGCUGUCUUUUCAAAGGGACACUGACAUCAUCUUAUUAUGCCCAUCAAGAAUAUCGCAUUAUUAUUGAGGAUGUAUUUAUUUUUCAUGGAAAAGAAGUACACAAUGAUAUGUUUUUUGAUCGAUGGUGCUUAUUGGAAAAGAUUGAUUUAAAUGAAGAGGACUCCUGUCCCUAUGCAACUUAUAAUCGUGUAUUAGUUCUGAAGGCCAAUUAUGUCCCGUUUGAGAAAUCCGAAAAAUUAAUUAAAACCCUUCCCAGCGAUCAUGCAACUCAGGGUAUUGCGUUUGUUUGUAACGACAUUAGUUUUUGUGGCAACGCUAGCUCGCUUGUUUACUUGUGGAGGCAACCAAGCUCGUUAACAGCAUUUUUUUAUGUUUCGAAUGUGGAAUCAAUCCUUGAAGGUAAUGUAGAAAUAAAACGUGCGUUUCUUUCUGUACGUGCGAAUGAAUCUGAUAAAACAUUUACUAAAUAUAAGAAUGAGUAUGCAGAUUUUUUGCAUGAGGCUCAUCCUGAAAUCAAAAUAGGGAGCGUUGUUGAUUGUAUUCCCCGCCGCUCAAAUGAUGGUGCCCACUGGUGGGAUGUUCUUCGUAGCUUCGAACCUGGAAUGCAUAGUGUAGCAACCUAUGAAGAGGUUAAUACACUUGUGCAGAGUCCUGGAAUUUCACAAAAAGAAAUGCUUUGGCUUUUAAAUGUUCGAGCCUACCUAUGCGAGCGGUGCCACAGGGUGAAUGAUGUUGGCAAAAUUAAUCCACGGUACAACGCCUACUGGUGUAAGAAUUGUUGGAGUGAAACUGGACAUGGGGAUUGCGCGUAUUGCGGCAGGAUUCUUGUCUUAGGCAUGCCUGACGGUAUCAGCAAUUUUUUCUACUGUGAGGACUGCUGGAAUGUAUUCUCCUCUAUAAACACAUGGUCUGAAAUAGGAUACCAUGUGCCUCCUCCUCCGGAUGCCACAUUUAAGGAGCAGGUAAUGACUCGGUGCGUUUGUCUUUUAAUUGACCAAGUUAGUCAGAAGUUUCCCACAAACGACGUACUUGAUUUAUGUUGCGGUGGUUCGGUCGUGCGGAAGUGGAUGUUGAACAAAACAAUGAGCUACGUCGGUGUGGAUUUGAAUGCAAGCAUAGUAGGUUCAGUACUUGAGACAAUAUCAAAUUCCCCAGAGCUAAUUCCAAACGCGCAGUAUGAUGUUAUUUGUGCUGAUGCAUUUUCCGAGGAUUUUUGGACAAGCACAGUAAUCAAAAUCCAUCCGAGACAGUUCCAAGCAAUCGCAUGCUUUAGUGGCCUUUACCACGCUUUCUUCGAUGAAGUGAAGGCACGGCACUUUAUUGCGAGUGUAGCGAAUGCCUUGGUUCCUGGUGGGCUAUUUCUCGGUUUCGUGCUUGAUGCCAGUGCUUUAUAUUCAAAGGGCGCAAAAUAUGCAAACUCAGUGUUUUGUACUGAAUGGAAAGAGGGUUCUGUCCCCAGAGUUGGACAGCGAUUCAGUAUAUCCGUUGAUGGACCUUUGCAUGAAGUUGCCGUCAUUCCAAUUGAUUUUUUUGUUGCAGUUGCGUCAGAAUAUGGGUUGAAGGUCGUUUUAGAAGCAUGCCAAACAGUAAGAGGGCUGAUUGAAAGGGAUGCGAACUGGACUCGGGUCCCAUCAGCGGCAGAAAAAGAAUAUCUUUGUGCCCUUAAAUCAUUUGCCUUCAAAAAGGAAAGUAACAAGCAGUUGCCUUCUUUAAACAAAGCCUAAAAAACGUUUAAUAUUUAUCUAAAUUAUUUUUUACCUCUUAAGUACACCUUUAUUCGACAUGUAGUUGGAACCUUAUAGAAUAUGAAAUAAUACUAAAAUACUAACGCAUCAAUAUAUAAACAUAUAUAUAUUCACAUAUGAAUUUUUGUCGAUUAGGUUGAGGGCUCAAUAUCACAACCGCAUUGUAUCACAAAUUUAUCGUAAUUUUAUAAUAAUAAUAUUAAUAAAAGAACGUGCAUUCAUUCUGAAUAAAGGAGACGAAGGA